AUAAAUUUAUUCACAGCUUGUCUUACAUACACAUACAUAGGCCAUUUCUCGAAAGGGUGUGUGGUGAAAAUUCCACAUUUCAGCAUAGUCUUUUCGCGUGGCCUGUAAAGCUAAAAAAUGUCGGAAUACAUGAUUUACGCGUCCGAGAUCUCGGCUACAAACUUGCCGAAUGUCGAGAUGUGGGGAAAGAGCGAUCCGCUGUGUGUUAUAGAAUUUCAAGGGGAAAAAGGCGAAACUAAGCCCAUUGAAAAUGAACUAAAUCCUGUUUGGCAAGAGAAAAUUGAAAUUGAUCUGAAAGGAAAACCACUAUCCGGAUCAGACAGUCUGAGCAUUAAGAUUUAUGAUCAUGAAGUGGUAGGAAAAAACAAAUUACUUGGUCAAUGCACUGUCAAGCUUAAAGAAAUCUUGAAAGGCAAAACCAUGACCGUGGCGCAAAAGUUACAGGAUAAGAAGGGACAACCUUCAGAGGCGCAAGUCAACUGCAAAUUGACAUACAAAUGUCCUGAAGAGAAAUCUGCAGCCGGUGGUUCAUCAGAGGAAGGUACAGCGGAAGGCGACGAGGAUGAUGAAGAAGACGAAGAGGGUGACGAUGGGGAAUCAGGAGAACCUGGGGCACGAGGCAAGAGAAAACGAAGAGGGAAAAAAAGAAAAAGAAAAGCACACGAUCUUCCCAAUAAACCUAUGGACUUUCAGGUCCGCCUAAAAGUUGUUGAAGGUCGUCAGUUGUCUGGUGGAAACAUCAACCCUGUUGUUAGAGUGACUGUCGGUGAUCAAGUGAAACAGACACGAGUAAAAAAAUCUACGAACAGACCUUAUUACAACCAGACUUUCUAUUACAACUUCGGUAACAUUACUCCCGACGAGCUCUUCGAAAAGAUUGUAAAGUUUGAGGUUUUCAACUCUCGCAAGCUCAGAUCAGAUGCUUUGAUCGGCUUCUUCAAGUGUGAUGUCGGUCUAAUUUACGAGGGGAAAAACCAUGCUUUGUUGAGAAAAUGGAUUUUACUCACGGAACCCGAGCAACCUGAAUCUGAUACAAAGGCGCCACCAGACGAGGAAAAAAAGGAGUCGACAGCCCUAGGAGGUUCGCCUGCGGGAUAUAUCAAGACGUCGAUGGUGUGUAUAGCACCUGGAAACGAUCCUCCGUCUCUGGAUGAAAGUACCAAAGAUGACACAGCUGAAGACAUCGAAGCUAAUUUGCUUCAACCUGCUGGCGUCCAGCUUCGGCCGGCCGUUUUUCGACUCAAAAUUUUCAAUGCCGAGGAGCUACCUCAGAUGGACACAUCCAUUGGGCAAAGUGUGAAAAAGUUUUUCGGCUUUGGAAAGGAUGCGAAAAAAAUGGUUGACCCUUUUACGAAAUUCUCCUUUGCCGGAAAGUCGGUUGAAUCAGAGAUAGAGUACGAAACAGACAACCCACAAUUCAACACGAUUUUAAGCGUACCAUUCCAGUUUCCUUCCAUGUGCGAGAAGUUGAAGAUACAGUGUUAUGAUUGGGACCGAAUUACCGGAGAUGACAUCAUUGCAACGACUUUCAUACGCAUGUCCGAAAUCUCUGGCCAGGGAGAAGAAGGUUACCUUCCAGUAUUUGGACCUUCUUUUCUAAACAUGUACGGUUCACUGCGAGAGUUCUGCGCACUCGGCGACGAAUAUGAAGAUCUGAAUAAAGGCAUUGGCGAAGGAGUUUCGUACCGCGGCCGUAUACUUGUGCAGCUGGAGACAUUGUUAGACGCCGAGAUUGAAGACGAGGUUGCACCAAUUCCCGCGGAGGACGUCGCCCUUGUUCAACCUUUCUUGAGGCGCCGCAAAUACAAACUUUAUGCUUGUUUCAUGGAGGCGACAAUGAUCUCCGUAGAUGAUUCACCUGUAGAAUUUGAAGUUAGCAUUGGGAACUAUGGUAACAAGCUUGAUCGCAGCGUCGAGCCAUCUUGUUCAACGACCCCUCCCACGAAUCCUGUGUUUGAUGGCGAAUUCUAUUAUUACUUACCUUGGGGUAACGCGAAGCCAUGUGUUAAUGUUGAGUGUCAUUGGGAGGACAUCGCGUUUCGUCUUAAUCCAUUGAACGUCUUGAUUAAGAUUGUGGAUCGACUGAAAGAAAACAUCGAGAAAGUGAACGUCAGUGUCGAGUUGAAAAAGCCGACGGCGGAAACGGCCACAAUUCUUAUCGCUCUUUUGGACGAGCUUAUACAAGACUGUCGAACUCCUCUUCCUCAGUUUGAUUUGAGCCUGAUGGGUGUCACAAGAUUAGACAUGAAAAAUCAAGAAAUCCGUAUGGACGAAAUGGCAUGCAUUGCUGAAGAGGCAUCGAAAUUAAGAGAGUCGGCAACCGAUGUCCAGGAAGCUUUAAGUGAUAUUCAAUCUUACCUUUCACGUCUUGAAGAUAUUGCUAUCGAGCCUCAAAACAGCAUGCCCGAUGUUGUGAUUUGGAUGUUGAGUGGCGAAGAUCGAGUCGCGUACUACAGAAUCCCCGCUUACGAUCUUCUCUACAACGAAAAUCCUGCGUAUUGUGGUCAGCACUGCAAGAAAGUCUUGGACAUGGAAUUGAAAUAUCCUGGCAAGAAAGGCCGAAACACGAAAGACCAUCCUGAACUACCUGCUUUGGUUCGAUGUGUGUUGUGGUUAGGUCUUGAAUCUGACUCUAGAGAUUGGACCGCACAUCAUGACGAAGGAACUUUCACCGUGUUUGCCGAAACGUAUGAAAAUCAGCAAAACGUGUUGAGCAACUGGACAAGCAAGGCUAUGAUGCGACCAAAGUUCUCCGAUGCUGAAGGAGAUUUCAAGCUACCGAAGGAUAAAUUUGUUCCUCCCGAAGGUUGGGGAUGGGAAGGUGAUUGGUUUUUGAGUCCAGAACUCAGCACAAACUUCAGCAAAGACGCCGGACGAAAAAUUUUCCUCGAAGAUGCCUUUGAAUGCGAAGAGCGAAGCGUACCCGGUGGUGGUUGGGGUCCUGCUAAUGUGCCAUUGCAAGAAAUAAAUGGUGACGCAUGCAUCGAUCUUGAAGGCGAGCCAAUCGAAACACGUGAAAAACUAGUAGCUCCAGAGGGCUGGGAAUGGACGCAAGACUGGGUAGUCGACAACAAUAGGGCUGUCGACGAAAACGGUUGGGAGUACGCUCUUGAUGCGAAUUGGACAGGAUUUGGCCCGGUGGAGAAGACCUAUCACCUGUCUAGACGUCGCAGAUGGGUUCGUGAAAGAAAACUUGUAAAAGAUACAAGAAAGGAAGAAGCCGAAAAGGCUCGUGCGGCUCAGUUGGCGGCUGAAGGAUGGGAAUAUGCGAAGAUAUUCAAAGCAAAGUUUCACAUCAAAAAACGAACUAUGGAUUUAGUACGAAGACGGCGUUGGCACAGGAAGUUGAUUCAAAACAGCGACGUCGCUGCAGCACCCGUAUUCAAAAUGAAUGUCGGCGAUGACGAUGACGAGCACACGAUGAAUUCGCCGCGAAUGUUUCUCACAUUUGACAAACCUCAUAAAUACCAGUUGAGAGCAUAUAUCUAUCAAGCCCGUGAUCUCCUUCCUUCCGAUCAAGGUGGAACCUCAGAUCCCUACGUUCGAGUUGUAUUUGGCAACAUCAGUCAAAGUACAGAGGAUUUACAAGGAAAAUUAUGUCCAACUUGGGAUCAGACUUUGAUAUUUGAAUCACUUGGUAUCCACGGCUCUGUUGCCAGCGUCCAGGAUAAUCCACCCAACAUUCUUCUUGAAAUUUUUGACAAAGACCAAAUCGGCAAAGAUGAGUUUUUGGGGCGGGCGCGUGCUGAGCCCGUGGUUCGUAUAAACGGAAGUGAAGGAAGCUCUGCGAAGUUGCAAUGGUUCACAGUGGAAAAAGAUGGUGGAUACGCUGGAGAAGUUUUGGCUGCUUUUGAGUUGUUUUUGGAUGAAGGCGCAGAGUUGCCUUUCGCUCCACCAAUGAGAGGAGACUUCUAUCUUGUUCCCAAUGGCGUUCGACCUGUUCUUAUCAGACAUGGUAUAGAGGUCAUGUGUUGGGGUUUGAGAAACAUGAAGAAAUAUCAACUGACGAGCGUCACCUCACCGCAUAUUGAUUUUGAAAUCGGCGAUGAAAGAAAAGAGUCGUUGGUCAUCAAGAACUUGAAGAGAAAUCCGAACUUCGAACAACCAUUGUUGUUCUUUGACAUAUACCUGCCUCAAGAGGACAUCUAUUGCCCUCCGAUGCGAAUCAAAGUCCGCGAUCAUCGAACGUUUGGUCGAGCACCAGUGGUUGGCACACACUUAAUCAAGAGUUUGAGAAAAUACUUUCAAGAACCACCGGUUGAAGAUAACAAUUCCGACAUCAUACAGCAAACUGACGCCGUCGAUGCACCUCCUGGAACAGCAGUUGUAGAAGUACAAGAAGAAGAGGAUAAGGACCCUAAUGAGGACGAUAAGAUUGAUUGGUGGUCUAAAUACUAUGCCUCCAUUGGCGACAACGAAAGAGCUGGCGACUACAAUGAGAAAGGAUAUGACAAACUCGAGGUCUAUCCGAAUACAUUGGAGAGAGUCGAAGAAUUUGGUGGCCUGUGUGAUUUCUUGGACACUUUCCCGUUGAUUCGUGGAAAAAAGAAGAAAAGACCAGAUGACGAUGAUGAAGUAGUUGGCGAGUUCAAGGGAACAUUCCGUGUGUAUCCUUUACCUGCCGAUCCCAAUGAAGAAUUACCACCUAAAGCCAUCAGGAACCUACCUCCUUCGGAGCCUGUAGAUUGUCUCAUCAGAGCGUACAUCAUCAGGGCCAUUGACUUGCCACCUCAAGAUAACAGUGGAUUGGCUGAUCCAUUCCUCGUCAUCCAACUUGGGAAGAAGAAAUUCUCGACUCGUGAUGAAUAUGUGCCAAACUCUUUGAAUCCUAUCUUUGGAAAGAUGUUUGAAUUCAAUGCGAAGAUACCAGUUGAUAAAGAUCUCAAAAUUAGCGUGAUGGACUAUGAUCUCAUCAGCUCCGAUGAUAUCAUUGGUGAGACGACGAUUGAUCUGGAAAACCGUUUUCUCAGUAAAUAUCGUGCCAUCUGUGGUUUACCUGAAUCGUACUGCAAAACUGGUCCGAAUAAAUGGCGAGAUAUGCAGCUGCCCAGUGAAAUUCUGGAGUCUUAUCUUGAACGACGAAGUUUGGGAAAGCCAAAAUACAACGGGGACACCAUGGUGCGUGUGGAUCAUAAGGAUUACUCUCUGGAAGAGUUUGAGGAUGGCAUAAUUCUUCAUAAACAUCUCGGAGAAGCUCGUGAACGUCUCGCUCUACACGUCCUAAACUCUUUCGGCGAUGUCGUCCCCGAGCAUGUUGAAACAAGACCUCUAUUUACUUCGAUACAGCCGGACAUGGAACAGGGUAAACUCCAGUUGUUCGUGGAUAUCUUCCCGAGACACAUUGGUGCACCGAAUGAACCUGUAGACAUUGGUGCUCGCGUUCCUACGAAGUACGAGCUUCGUGUGAUUGUGUGGAACACAUCCGAUGUUUAUCUUGAGGAAAGUAAUCUUGUUGGUGAACAAAUGAGUGAUGUAUACAUAAAAUGCUGGAUUUCUGGUAUUGAGGAUAAACUAAAGACGGAUACACAUUAUCGAUCAUUGAAUGGAGAGGCUAACUUUAACUGGCGAAUGUUGUUCCCAUUCGAUUACCUUGAAGCAGAGAAAAUUAUGGUGGUGAAGAAGAAGCUUCAUUUCUGGAGUCUGGACACCACUGAAGAAAGACUUCCUCCUUGUUUGGUCGUACAGGUCUGGGACAAUGACACUUUCAAUCCAGAUGACUUCAUUGGUGCGGUCGAUCUUCCUCUCGAUCAACUACCUUUGGCGUUCUCCAAAUCUCGCAAGAUCAAAGAUGUCGAUUGUCUGGCAGACAGAAAGACAUCUUCUCUGUUUGAUCAGAAACAGAUGUACGGUUGGUGGCCCGUCUUUGGCGAGUUGAAAAAUAAGGAAGGAAAGAAGGAGAAGAGUUUGAUGGGUAAAGUCGAAUUGACAUUGGAGUUGCUUACCGAACAGGAAACGCUGGCAAAGCCAACAGCCAACGCUCGCGAUGAACCAAAUGCUUAUCCCACUUUGACCCCUCCAAAUCGUCCAGCUACGUCAUUCUUCUUCUUAACAUCACCAUGGAAAUCGUUCAAGUUCAUCAUUUGGAAGAACUUUAAAUGGUACAUCAUUGGUGCUUUGGUGCUGAUUUUGAUCAUAUUGUUCAUUGCAUUGUUCCUUUACGCCAUGCCGGGCUUUACUGUAAGGAAAAUUUUUGGUAUAAAAUAAACUUGGAACUUGGAUGAAAAUGGACUAAAGAAACGCAUUCAAGGAAUUGAUGAAUUCGUGAGAUUAUUCUAACGCAUUACUUAUAGCUAUGUAGCAUUCUUUCGUGGGAAUAACAUUCCCUGUUGAUUUAAAAUGAGCAUGUUUUUCUAGAUUAAAUGAUAUUGGUAGUCUUGUAUUGAUUUAUUUAAACUGUAGUUCAAUAUAUUAAAAAUUGGAACCGUUUCAAA